CCAGGAGCCAGCUCAACUGGCAAGCAUGGUAACCAAUAGAAGACUGGACUGACAAAAAAUAUUCUUAUUUUAUGUUUGUGCGUUUACUGUAUUAAAGCAAACAGUACAAUAUACUGUCAAUAUUUUGUACCUCCCUGGAAAGGCUACUAGAACAAGGUAAGUUUGUACCCUUCUACUUUUUCCACUAUGAACCAUAAAAUGAUCAACAUAAUGGCAGUGUGGACUAACGUUUAUUCAAAAUAUUGCACAUAAAACAUUGACAUAUUUCACGUAAAUUAAACUGCUUGCUUUAAAAAGUUUGAUUUAUUUUUCUUGGUCUUGCCUGGUAACUUGUUGCUAGGCAGAAUUCAGAGACCUCAAUCAUAACUGCCCAUCGGGUAAUAAUUAAAUUGGCAAUGUUAACCACGCCCACUGCUGUUUGAAAACCAAAACUAGGGACUGGGCACUAGCUAAAGAGUCAGACCCAUACGGAGGUCUCCGAAUUAUGGCGAGGAAAUGUGCACAUGUACAAUUACAUUGACACCAGUCACAUUACGUUCCUCAUGAAUUCCGUGAAUGCACGAUUAGAGCGAGCAGGCAGGUACUCCUCCGCUCUACCACGGGCAGACGCUCAGCCUCUUUGCCUCUCGUAAGCGACAUGGCGUUGUUUCCUGUGCCAGGUGACUGGUGAAUUUCGCGGCCGGGGGAGGAGCGCAGGAGUGGAACACUGGCGACGAAGUCGUCGGGGAACCGCGGACGUCAACAUUGUCAUGCCCCGCUCGCUGUACCGCCGUCUUCCUGCGAGUUUCGCUCCAGGAAAGCGGGCUCUGUUUGGGCGGAUGAGAUGAGAUGAGAGCAGAAGCCCAAACGAUACGUCGUUCCAGUAGGCCCCUUCAUGGAAACCACUACCAAGCCUCCCUCUGCAUGACUGACUGCCCGCCCAGUGGGAUCAAUCUUGUUAUCCCAGCUCCUCUUCACACAGCACCAUGGGCAGCAAACAGACCAAGGGCCACGAUGCUGGAGGAGCCAGUCCUCAGCACAGCUGGAGGCGGACCAACUCCAAGGAGCGGGGGGAUCUGUUUGCUUCCCUCAUGUUGAGGUCAGGGGACAGGCUGAGCCGAGGUGCCACCCCGCCGCCUUACCAGCGCCGGAUUGGAAUGAUCCAAGAGAUGAUGCUGAUGGCCAAGCAGGGAAAACAUGACGAGGCCACAGAGAUGCUGAGAACUCUACGGCAGGACCUGGGCAUGGAGUCAACAUCUCUGGAUGAUGUAUUAUACCGCUACGCCAGCUUUAGAAACCUUGUUGACCCCAUCACACAUGACCUGAUCAUCAGCCUGGCACGAUAUGUACACUGCCCAAAGACGGAAGGGGACUCUCUGGGGGCCAUGGAGAAGGUUUGCCGUCAGCUGACCUACCAUCUCAGCCCCCACUCUCAGUGGAGAAGACAAGGCCUGCUCAAGAGGAAACCCCAGGCUUGUCUAAAGGCAGUGUUGUCCACACCUCCACCCAGCGGGGGAUUGGAUCUGUCCGGUAUCCCUCUGGUAGCUCGCGAUAUGGAGCGUCUGUGUGCGCACCUUCAGCAACACGCUUCCACAGUGGUCAGCUUGGAGCUGGGGUUCACCGAGCUGACCGAUGAGGCCUUCCUGCUGCUCCUGCCCACUCUGGCUGCCCUGCCACACCUGGAGACACUAGCAAUGAAUGGAAACCGGCUGACCAGGACUAUUCUGAAAGAGCUGACUGAUGCCCUGAAGGAUCCCAACAGUUUCCCAAGUGUGACGUGGAUUGACCUGGGCAACAAUGUGGACAUCUUCUCCUUACCACAACCUUUCCUGGUCAGCCUGAGGAAGCGCUGUCCUAAGCAGGGCAAUCUGCCCACCAUCCUGGAGUUUGGGGAGAGUCAGGCCAGUGAGCCCCCUGAGAGACUGAGAGUCAUCGGUGAAGACGAGGAGACUGAUGACACCAACAGGACUGAAAGCAUGGGAGAGCUGCGCUCCGAGGUGGAGGAGGAGCUGGACGGCGAGCUGGAGAUAGAGGAGAUGAUGGAGGAGUUACUGAACUUUGACAGGGAGGUGCAAGGGAGGGAGGACGAAGACGAGAGCAUGUGGACUGUCGAGGAGCAGAGGAAAACGAGGAGGAGAAGCAGGACACAUGAAGAAGAGUUACAGAGAAAGGAGAAGACGAACCGAAUGGCGGCGAUGGCGCAGGACGAGGACGACACACAGAGCUGCUCCUCACCGUUGUCUUGCUCCAGCCAUUCAAAACACUUCUCUGCAGCUGCUGAGCCAAUGAGAGCAGAGGAAAAUGACGUUGACAAUGUGACUGACCAAUCGGAGCACUUGAGCUGAAUGCCGUUCCUUUCCGUCCGUCAAUUAUUUCUCCUGCUGUGUCGAAGUACACGUGUUGAAUGAGGCAAGAGAAGGCUUUCUCCCGGCUUGAACAAGCCAAAUUUAACCAGCUACUGGAGGACAGCUAUCCUAACAGGACCUACCAAUAUGUAAGUUACGUAAGGAUGCGAAUCCAGAAAACCACAAAAUAAUUGAUAAGCUUUGUAGUGUAGCUCACCCUGUUUCGGGUUUUAGUCAGGGCCUUACUGGUAAUAUAUAUUAUAUCAUAUUACCGUCAUGUGCCUGUAACAUGUUCCAUUUAAUGGUUAAGCAUCUGUGAUAAACGGUACAGAAAGUUAAAGCAGGUUCUGUUAAAAAAAAAAAAAAAAGAAGGCCACCCACAUUGAAUCAAAGGAUAACCAGCCAGAUUGUGAGGUUAAAAAGAAUAAAAGGUCAAGUCAGUAGAUUUAUUGAUAUCAGCUCACGAACAAGUGUGCGUCAAAGUCUUCUUCUUUUUCUUUCGGCUUGUCCCCGUUAAGGGUCGCCACAGCUUGUCCAUCUAAGCCUAUCUCGUGCAUCUUCUUCUCUAACACCCACUGUCCUCAUGCCGUCCCUCAUAACAUCCAUCCACCUUUUCUUUGGUCUUGCUCUCGCUCUUUUGCCUGGCAGCUCCAUCCUCAGCACCCUUCUACCAAUAGACUCACUCUCUUGCCUCUGGACAUGUCCAAACCAUCGAACUCUCUGACCUUGUCUCCAAAACAUCCAACUUUGACUGUCCCUCUAAUGAUCUCAUUUCUAAUCAUAUUCAACCUCUUCACAACAAGCGAGAACCUCAGCAUCUUCAUUUCUGGUACCUGUUGUUUCUUCAGAGCCAUCGUCUCUAAUCAGUACAUCAUGGCCGGCCUUACAACUGUUUUAUCAACUUUGCCCUUCAUCCGAUCGGAAACUCUUCUGUCACAUAGAACACCAGACACCUUCCGCCAACUGUUCUAUCCCGCUUGUACCCGUUUCUUCACUUCCUUACCACACCCACCAUUGCUCUGUAUUGUUCACCCAAAGUAUUUGAAGUCAUCCACCCUCGCUAUCUCUUCUCCCUGGAGCUUCACUCUUCCUCCUCCACCCCUCAUUCAUGCACAUAUAUUCUGUUUUACUUCGGCUAAUCGUCAUUCCUCUCCUUUCCAGUGCGUACCUCCAUCUUUGUAAUUGUUCCUCUGCCUGCUCCCUGCUUUCACUGCAGAUCACAAUAUCAUUUGCGAACAUCAUGGUCCAAGAGGAUUCCAGUCUAACCUCGUCUGUCAGCCUAUCCAUUACUACUACAAACAGGAAGGGGCUCAGCGCGGAUCCCUGAUGCAAUCCCACCUCCACCUUAAAUACUUCUGACACACCUAUGGCACAUCUCACCGCUGUCCUUCUGCCCACAUAAUAGUACAUGUCCUGUACUAUUUUAAACAUAUUUCUCUGCCACACCAGACUUGCGCAUGCAGUACCACAGUUCCUCUUUUGGUACUCUGUCAUAGGCUUUCUCUAGGUCUACAAAAACACAAUGUAGCGCCUUGUGACCUUCUCUGUACUUUUCCACGAGCAUCCUCAAGGCAAAUAAUGCAUCUUUGGUACUCUUUCUAGGCAUGAAACCAUACUCGAAGAUACUUACUUCUGUCCCGAGUCAAGCCUCCACUACUCUUUCCCAUAGCCUCAUUGUGUGGCUCAUCAUUUUUAUUCCUCUGUAGUUUCCACAGUUCUGAACAUUGCCUUUGUUCUUAAAAAUGGGGACUAGCACAUGUUUCCACCAUUCUUCUCUCCCUCUAGUAUUCUAUUGAAUAAGUUGGUCAAAAACUCCACAGCCACCUCACCAAAUUGCUUCCAUACCUCCACUGGUAUGUCAUCGGGACCAACUCUCUUUCCAUUUUUUAUUAUAUUCAGUGCCUUUCUGACUUCCCCCUUACUAAUCAUUGCCACUUCUUGGUCCUUCACACUUGCCUCUUCUACUCUUCCUUCUCUCUCAUUUUCUUCAUUCAUCAACUUCUUGAAGUACUUUCCAUCUACUUAGCACACUACUGGCACCAGUCAACAUAUUUCCAUCGCUAUCCUUAAAUCACCUUUACUUGCUGCACAUCCUUCCCUUCUCUAUCCCUCCAUCUGGCCAAUCUGUAGAGAUCCUUUUCUCCUUCUUUCGUAUCUAACCCGGUGUACAUGUCGUCAUAUGCCUCUUGUUUCACCUUCACCACCACUACCUUUGCCCUAGUCCUCUCCAUGUCCCGCUUCUUCUUCACUAAUCUCAUUGCUUGGAUCGCUUCCUGUAUUUUGGGGUUAAACCACCAGGUCUCCUUCUCCUCUUUCCUACCAGAGAACACCCAAGCACUCUCCUGCCUGUGUCUUUGAAUACCUUUGCAGUAGUAUUCCAGUCUUCUGGGAGCUCUUCCUGUCCAUCUCGAGCUUGUAUCACCUCUUUCCGAAGGGCCACACAACAUUCUUCCUUUCUCAACUUCCAGCACCUGAUUCACUGCUCUGCCUUUGUCUUUAGUCUUCUUACCCGUACCAGAGUCAUCCUACACACCACCGUCCUAUGCUGUCGAGCUACACUCUCCCCUACCACUACCUUACAGUCAGUAACCUCCUUCAGAUUACAUCGUCUGCACAAAAUCUACCUGCAUGUUUCUACCUCCACUCUUGUAGGUCACUCCGUGUUCCUGUCUCUUCUGGAAAUAGGUGUUGACCACUGCCAAUUCCAUCCUUUUUGCGAAGUCCACCACCAUCUGUCCCUCAAACUUCCUUUCCUGGAUCCUGUGCUUACUCAUCACUUCUUCUUCGCCCCGGUUUCCUUCGCCAACAUGUCCAUUGAAAUCUGCACAAAUCACAACUCUCUCUCUGUCGAGGAUGCUCAGAACUACUUUGUCUAGUUCCUUCAAUAAUUUUUUUUUCAACUCGAGGUCACAUUCUACCUGUGGGGCAUAGCUGCUAAUCACAUUAUAGACAAUACCCUCAAUUUCAAAUUUUAUCUUCAUCACUCGAUCUGAUACUCUUUUCACCUCUAAGACAUUCUUACCCAUCUUAAAAUAAUCUCUACUCCAUUUCUGUUCCCAUCUACUCCAUGAUAAAAUCAUUCAAACCCUGCACCUAAUUUACUCCCUUUCCACUUGCUCUCUUGGAUGCAUAAUACAUCAACCUUUCACCUAAUCAUCAUGUCAACUAACUUCUGAGCUUUUCCUGUCAUGGUCCCAACAUUCAAAGUCCCUACACUCAGUUGUAGGCUCUGUGCAUUCCUCUUCUUCUUCUGCCGACUAAGCCGCUUUCCUCCUUUUUUUUUGUGUUCGACCUACAUUAUCUGAAUUUCUACCUACGCCUUGCAGAUUAACAGUUUGGGGGGUGGGCGUAGGAAGCCCACGCCAAGUCCUAACCGUUAUAGAAUUCGUAUGAUGAACGCUCAUUUUUGUUUGGCACAGUUUUAUGCCAGAUGCCCUUCCUGACGCAACCUUCUGCAUUUAUCUGUGCUUGGGACUGGGCGACAGCUUGCACAAUAUUGUGCUGCCCAACGCGCUGCAGAUAGUCAAAAAAAAAACAAAAAAAAAAGCAAUCAAAUAAACAAAGUCAGCACAUAUGGUACACAAAUCACAUACUACCUGUGUGAAAAUAUAAAGGAUAUGGCGAUUUAGUGAAUGGAAGGGAUUCAAACCACAAUGGCCCUCACUCUAGUAGUUGAAGGUUGGGUUGGGUCCAUGUUCGAUGUUUGGUCCUCAUUGUAUACGCAACAAAGGUAAUGUUGUUAGCGGGCUAAGCUAUUCUAACUUAGGCUGUGCAGCUUCAAUGGUAACGAUACGGCUCCAAUUUGGGUACUCAGAUGUACUAAAGUAAGACUUGUUAAAUUUCCUAUAAGUUCUCACGGCGCUUGUUGUACAAGUUAUGAAGUUACUGAUGUUCGAUGAUUCUUCCGCAGCAUGGAUUGAUCACAAACUCGUCUCAUUUAUUAGCUUGGUAAACUAAGGUAGUCUGGGCCUAUAAAUGAGUUUAAAUUGAUGUUUCCAGUCACCCAACUUCCUAAUCAGUACUCACGUUCCUCGUUGUUUACGAUAUAUAGAUUUUGUAGGUCUUGUAAGUACUAGUGUUUGAUGUUUACCUCCUCAGCAAAUAUUUGAUUACAUAGGCGACUUGACGUUAAGGAGCUAGUCUUGACUAGGCUAGGCCGCGCAGCUUCAACGUGAACGAAUACAGCUCCAAUUUGGGUACUAAGAUUACACAGAUGAUGAUGUUAGUCCACUGAAGUCGUCACCAGGGACGUCCCACGUCAAGUAUCCACCAAAUUCAGUUCAAAUUCAGCAGAUUUAUUUAUUGUAUGGUCGUGCAGGCCUCCUCGAUCAAUUAUGUAUUUUCAUAUCACGCCAAAUAUAUCAGUCACAUUUCUGUCCGACGAUCAGCCCAAGACAAAAGCUUGGCCGAGGGUCAAAAAGAACAUGCAUGUUUAUUGGAUUAAAAGAAAUCAGUUGCCCCACCGUCUGUUCCCAGUUAACGCUGGACAUUCCAUCCAUGCAGUUGUUAACCUGCUGGGGCUGAAGAGCCAAACGGGUCACGCGAGCAGAUCUCUUUUGCCUGCCGUCGGGUGUCAGAAUAAAGUCCGCAAGGGGGGGCAUCGAAGUGAGUGUGUAGCGCAAGUAAACAGUUGAUUGACUUUGGUGGGCUGACAGUAUGUUGACGUUUCAGCAAUGACGACAUCCAUGCAUGCCAUCUUAUGGUUUUCAACAAAUAGAUUUGUCUGAUCACAUUGUCUGUGUUCAAUUGACCCCUCCGUACAGGGCACUUAACCACGUCUCCUGAAGUUGCGUCACCCCACGCUUGCUAACCUCAGACAAACAAUAAGCAAAAUUGGCGGCACAGGAAGAAAAGACGAGAGCGAAAUUGUCCGAUUUACCAGCUGAUUUUUCACUCGCAUUCUUACCGAUUAGUGAAAUAUCGUUGAAGAGUAUUUCAGCGAGGGGUGUUUCAAUGGUAUUUCCAUGCAUAUCGACGGAGAAACCAUCGAUAUUAGCGCGAGAUCUUUCCGGAGUCAGAGGAAGACCGAGAAGCCACAUAAUAUAAUAUAUUAUAACCCAAAGACGAAUUCGUCAUUGACAGUUUCCUAUUUUCGUGUUACCUAUCACACUUGUGUGCAGAAUCUGUAUGUGUAUCUGUAAAGCCAUUUGUGAACCGCCAUAUGAAGGAAAAGAAGAAGGCGAGGCUUGAUUUACGAGUUGUUUCUCUCGUUUUCUUUGUGUAACGUCACGCGCUCCCCUCAAUAAUUAUUCUUGAAUUAGUGCCGAACCUACGUAAGUCCCGACCGAGUAUGACAAUCACUACUUUAGUGUCCGCAAACAUCCUUCCUUCAGUCUUGGUGUCUCGGUGCACGUCGAAGGCUUUUAGGACUCGCUAGUCCGGUUUAGCUUAGCUCGGGAGCCGGCGAACAGAGACACGUUUGUGCAGUCAGAUCAUCGCAAAAUAUCGCUCAACACAGAUCAAGUGUGUCAAUCAUUCACACGUAGCUAUGUUAUGCAAGUGAAGAACUGCUAAUUCAUUUAUAUGGGACAUGUAUUGAAAAUCAAAUAUAGGGCAUACCUUCGUGCAAACAAAGUCCGGUUUAGCUUAGCUCGGGAGCGGCGAACAGACACGUUUGUGCAGUCAGAUCAUCGCAAAAUAUCGCUCAACACAGAUCAAGUGUGUCAAUCAUUCACACUUAGCUAUGUUAUGCAAGCGAAGAACUGCUAAUUCAUUUAUAUGAGACAUGUAUUGAAAAUCAAAUAUAGGGCUUACCUUCGUGCAAACAUAUCUGUUCCGGUUGAUUUUAGAUGGAUUCAGUUGAUCAUGCAAUCUUCCACAAAGUUUGAGCCAUCAAAGCCAUUUUUCGUUCUCGGUCUUCUGUUCCGGUUGAUUUUAGAUGGAUUCAGUUGAUGAUGCGGUCUUCCACAAAGUUUGAUCCAUCAAAGACAUUUUUCGUACUCGGUCUUCGGUUUUGGAAGGGGUACGAAUUGAACUCCACCAACUAGCCUUUCAGGAUACCAGUCGUCACUAUUACAAAGUCCGUGACUACACCUCUUAACCAUACCUAUUGUUAAGGAACCCAAAUACGUGAUAAAACCCAAACAAAAGCUAUACUGGACCAUGCGACUUUGUCAGAGGUAAUGGCGGACGCCAACAUUUAUGGAGAUCUAUGGCCUCUGAUUGGUCAGCGACGCGGAUGACCCAAUUUCUACGGAGGUGUCAACUCUCAAGUCAAUGAACACCUUCCCCAAUUGGCUGGCGACCAGUUCAGGGUGUGCCCAGCCUUUUGCCCCAAGAUAGCCGGGAUAGGUUCCAGCAUACCCGUGACGCUAAUGAGGAGAAGUGGAGCAGAAGAUGAAUGAAUAGCUUUAGGAAAAACAGAUACAUGCUCAUGUUAGGUUUGUGUGGUUUUGAUGUCGUCUCCUUUAAACUACUAGUAGUCAUGGACAUAAACAGUGAUUACAUCCCAUCCUGACUCGUACAUCGGAAAAAUUACACUGACAAUUAUUGUGCUGAUUGCAUCGUUUUCCAAUAAAUCUAAUUCAAACUGCUACACGUUCUUUAUAAUGAAAUGAAGCUGAGUGAGUUGCUCAUUUUACUUGAUAUAAACAAAAUGUUCGGAAUUUUGUAGAGUAUUUCUGUCGUAGCAGUACCUCUAAUUUUACAUUUUUAAAGUACCUGUAUUGCAUUUUUUUUCCAAUGCGACAUUGAUUUGUUGGGUGUGCAGCAAAAUUGAAAACGUGAGUUGCAAUGCAGUUGUGCCAAAUGCUGGUUUGAAAGAAAAUAAACUGCCUUGCCCAACAGUAUUAAGGACAUUAGAAAGAGGUGUUGUAACAACAGAGGAAUAAACAGCAAACACCACUUUCUGAAUUUAUUUCUUCGGGUUAUAUUGAACUAUUGUUUCAAAUUUUUAUUCAUCACAAGUAUUAACUAUUCUUUUGUUUCAUGUUGUUUGUUUUUGCACUUUUAUACGUACAUUUCAAAUGAUAAAAACAUGGGUUAAAUUCACGAGUAUUGUUGUAAAAGUGUUCUAGUUCAUUUAUGAUGUACGUUAGGUUUAUAUCUGUGUAAAUUAUGAUUCCCAAACUCAAUUUUCUGUAACUGGACAAUCUAGUCAUCUGUCUUCUUCUUGCUCUUGAGGUAGCUAUAUAAAGAAAAUCUAUACUUUCGAUCUUGAAUUAGUACCAAUGUCAGGAUGCAUUUAAAUCAUUCUUACGCAUGCAGUUUUUUUUGUGAGACUACUGUUGUAAGUAGCUAAUGUUAUUGUCAAUUUAUAAAAAAUUUUAUUAAUAAUUAUGACAUGAAAGAUGUGUAAUGUAUUCAAAUGUUUUCAGUCUUGACUGAGCUUGCAAGUUAAUGUACAGAUUAGUGAGAAUCAUGAAUCGAAUACUAUAAUUAAAAAAAUGAGAGAUAUUCCAUUUCAAAUCUGAAAUUUAAGCCAUGAUGUUGCUAAUUCAAGAUGUUUCAUAUUGUGGAGUUCAGGAAUAUAAGCAAAACCCCACAAAAAUCUUGCACACUAUCAAGUUUCCCCGAGUAUUAAUGCUACUCUCAUCGUUGGUGUUUUCCCGAAACUUUGCAGAUGAUACGGUUAGGGUUAGGGUUAGCACUUAACACUUGCUUGAAAGCUUUAUUGCACUGUGGGUUGUUCAUGUUUCCUUGUGGUUCUCAUAAAUAUGAUGAAAAAUCAUAUCUCCAGUGCAGUUCACGUUGACAUUAAGCUGAAAACAAUACGCUGCACAAUUUUCAGUGCUCUACUUGAAUCUAAUUGCAAAGAUUCUUCCCUUUAACAUAAAACAUGCAACUAUUUGCUGUCCAAAUGUGUUCACACCCGGUAAUUCCAGUGAACCUCUUUCACGAAGAGUUCGGUGUUGCAGUACAUCAUGAUUAUUAUCUACAUUUAGAUCAACUGUUGCAGUGGCAAAGCGUUGUCAUACAGUACUUCAAAAGACAUUAAGGCUUGAAAGAUUGCAUGUAACUGAAGAAGCAGCGCUUGACACUAUCCUCAGGUUUAGUAUUGUUUUGAAGAUGUGAAUGGGCCAGUUGAGUAGUUUCACCUUCUACUUGUCAACAUGUCAGUCAAGUACCUGUUGAUAUUUUACUUGCUAUAGCCAUGGGCGACACUCACACUCAGAUAGGAGACUUUGGGGGGGUCCCUGGUCCCAGUGCCUUGCGCAAGGGCAUUGUGCAUGAGCCUGUAAGCCUCCUAUUCAGGAAUAAACUACAGUACUGCCACCUAAAGUAGUCUCAAGAUUGUAGCAUUUCUUCAUUGACUACUACUUACAGCACGUGUCAGUCAGCUGGAUAGCUACUGUAGUAAUUGUUUGGUGAGUUCCUCUCCCGCGGUGCACGUUGUUCACUCAUUGCAUAAAAAAGUGGCUCAAGGGUUUCCUAUUGGAAGUAGUGAAGUCACUGCCCUCCGAUGUGGGGUAAAGUUUGAGGGCAUCGGAAUGACUGGUGGAAUGGCGGGUGUCACUGUGCACUUUAGCUACACACGCACAAUCUAAUGAGGUCCAGUAGGAGAACUGUAUUAAAAAUACAAACUUUACAGUUAAAAUCAUGUUCAGUUUUGAUUGACACUGCCAUAAAUGAUUGUUAUUAUUAUUUUACUGUCGGUGUACUUUGAAGUGCAGUGAACCUCGGUGUACUGCUUGGAGCUCAUUAGAUUGUGCAAGAACCUCAUGAAUUGUGUAAAAGUGACAUUCAUUUAUAUGAGAAGCCAAGUCUUUAUUGUUUUCUCUUCCUUUGCACUCGUAUCAGUGUAUUUUCACUAUCUACAAUAUACCUCUGCUAGAUGAUCUAUACAGCUUUCCUUGUUGCAUAAUAUUUGAUAUGUGUAUUAUAGACAUGUACGGGAAACGAUGCCAUGUUCUAUUAUUAAUAAAUUAAAUUAUUGCUCAAUAGAUCUUAAUAAAUAAUAUGACUGGACAACAGA